AUGUGAGCAUCAGUAGUGGAAACAUGGCGGCGUCUUGCAGAGCAGCUCGUCUGUGUCUCCUGGUGGGACGCACCGUGUCCUCCCUGCCGGCCAGGAGAGCUGCCAGUCUGCCGGAGAGGAGGUGCUUCGUCUCCACCUCCACCCGCUGCAAUCUGCAGUUCAAGCUUGAUGAGAGAACAGCCCACAGCAGUCUGGACCUCUUCAAGAAAGACACUGGCAUCAUCUACCGCAUCCUGGGCCUGGACCCCACCAAAGUGCCAGAAAACCCAGAGCGUUUCCGGGACUGGGCCGUCGUCUUUGGCGACGAGAAGAUCAGCAGCGGACGACACUACUGGGAGGUGACGGUCAAAAAGUCCCAAGAGUUCCGUCUGGGUGUGGCGGAGGCGCUGAUGUCCCGGGACGACUGCGUGGGCACCGACGGCUCCUCCUGGGUGUUCAGCUACGCUCAGCGCAAGUGGUGUGCCAUGACCGGCAAUAAGAUGGUUCCCGUGACGAUUGUAGGCAAGCCGGACCGUGUAGGCAUCCUGCUAGACUACGAAGCCGGGCUCCUGGCGCUGGUGGACAUCGGGAAGCCCAGGAUCAUUCACAGCUUCAGGGGAAAGUUCAAGGGUCCUCUGUGCCCAGCGUUCGGACUUUGGGACGGGGAGCUGCUCACACACUCUGGCCUGGAGGAGCCUGAUGGCCUGAAGUGAGGCAGGAAAACCUGUGAUGGCCAUGAUGGAGUUGGCUGGGUUCAGUACAAUGUCAGCACUUAUUACAACGUAAUCUUUAAUGCAGGAAAGAAAGCAAUAUCUUCCCUUGGGAAUCAUUCAGCGCUUAAUGUGAUGGUUACUUUUCUUUGGGCCAUUUUCAUAUCUAAGACUCUUGAUAGGUUAAAGUGCAUUCGUUAAGUAUUUAGACCUCUUCAUUCCAACAUAUGCUAAAAUAAUGCAAUAUGUAUAUUUUCCUAUAUAUCAAUCUAUACUUUCUUCGGAAAUUAUACAAUGAAUUUGAAUUCAGCCAAAGGCCUUUAUAGAAAUUCAUUUUUAAAAAAAGUGAAGGGGUCAGUAUUUUUCUGUUUUCAAUAUUGCAUACUGUACUUGACAUAACAUGUCAUCCAGCCUCAGGCGAUCAUAUCACAAUCUUUUUUUGUGUGUACCUCAUAUAUUUCAUAUAUUACCUCAGACUAACCGACGUGAAAAGGAUGUGUGCUUGUUUUGGGGAUCACUAACUGCCAAGCUGUGAUUUGUGUAUGCUUUGUGUUCAGUCCAUUUCAAAUCCCCAAAAACCUGCACAAAGCCGCAUGUUCAUAUUGUGUAUUAUUUUAUAUAAAUAAAGUCACUGAAACUA